ACUUCCCGCGCGGCCUCGCUGCCGCUUCUCUCCCGACUCCUGCCAUCUCCUUCCGCCUGGCUGUUUCCAGGGUAACUAGCCGCGCCGGUCGGAGACUCCUGUCGCCCGCCUCCCAGCUGGGGAGUCAGCCCGCCCCCCGCCCGGCCCUAAUUUUGUGGGAUUGAUUGGAGUCAGACAAUGUCCACUCCUCCUCUCGCUGGGGCAGGGAUGCCUCCUGGUGCUUUCUCAGGACCACAGGCUCAAGCAGCCCGGGAAGUGAACACAGCUUCUCUCUGUCGCAUUGGCCAAGAAACUGUGCAGGAUAUUGUAUUUCGGACAAUGGAAAUCUUUCAGCUACUGCGGAAUAUGCAGCUACCAAAUGGUGUUACUUAUCAUACUGGGACGUACCAAGACAGAUUAGCAAAGCUGCAAGAACAUCUCCGUCAGCUAUCAAUACUCUUCAGGAAACUGAGAUUAGUCUAUGACAAAUGCAAUGAAAACUGUGCAGGGCUAGAUCCUGUACCCAUAGAGCAACUUAUUCCAUAUGUUGAAGAGGAUGGGUCCAAGCAUGAUGAUCGAGGUGUUGCCAGCCAGCUUCGUUUUGCUAGUGAGGAAAGAAGGGAAAUCAUGGAAGUAAAUAAGAAACUGAAACAGAAGAAUCAGCAGCUGAAGCAAAUUAUGGAUCAAUUACGGAAUCUCAUUUGGGACAUAAAUGCCAUGCUGGCAAUGAGGAACUGAACUAUGAUACAAUUUAAGUAUUUUUUGUAAUUAUGAAAAUAGACUUUCUUUAUUUGUUUGAAAAUACAUAAUUUCUUUUUUCUAAAAAGCCAUUAAUUUUCCCCUCUCCUAAUCCCACUGGUAUACAAAACUCCUUUAAUGUUACUAUGUGGUUUCUUUUGUGAUAUUUAAAUGUAUUGGUUCUGUUUGUGUAAACAAUUCAUCAUGUCAUUUGUAUACACAAUAGAGAGUCAUUUGUGUUUACUACAAUAAGCUUUGUAACCUGUAGUUAGCAUUUGGUUAGCAUUCC